AUGUCGGAGGAUGCUUCCGCUAGAAGCUCCACAAAAGUCGUAGUUCACCACAAGAUGGUUGGAAUGCCCGUUUUUGAUGGAGAAUUUAGUUGCGACGUCAACACUGAGCUCUUUGCGGUACUGCAGAAAAUCAUUGAGAGUCACGGUGGCACAACAACCUGCGGCUGUUGCAUGUGGCUGGGCCGGGUGGAACCAGGUCUAAUAGUCCGCGAUUUGCGCCAAACCCUGUUUGAGGCCUUUUCCCUGAAACACGAGUCCGUCUCAUCUCUAUCACUAGUCGAUGGUGAGUUGGCGCAUCACGUCAUUGUGUAUUACGAUUACGACGCCCCUGCGACCUCCUGUCCCUUAUUGAAAUUGCACUUGGGGAGUUGCGGCACCAAGGAGAAGGCCAAAAGCUAA